GUUCCGCCCGGCUGCACCGCCUGGGAGCGGGGUGGGGACAGGAGAAGGGGAGGGCUAACGGUGGAAAGGGGCGAGCCCCUCUMGCCCCGGACAGGGAAGAGCGGCAGCGGCUGGGCGAGCCGGCGAGACAGUGCCAUGCUGCCUUUGUGCAAAGUUGGGCGGCGGGCGGCGCGCCGCGCGCAGGGGCCGCGCACACCCGCGACCGCGCGCAGCCGUGGCUGCUGCUGAGUGGCGGGGGCCCCCCGCUUCCCCCCUGGCCCUUGAAGGCGGAGAGAGCUCGCGUCUCGCUCGGCUUCAGGGUAAGUCCAGCUGAGAGCAGGGUGUUCUCUUCUUCACUUCCAGCAAGCCAGAGCUUCAUAAAUGGACACUGACAUGGACUACGAAAGACCCAACGUGGAAACCAUCAAGUGUGUGGUGGUGGGCGACAAUGCCGUGGGGAAGACGCGCCUGAUCUGUGCCAGAGCGUGUAAUACCACGCUCACGCAGUAUCAGCUGCUGGCCACCCACGUGCCUACCGUGUGGGCCAUUGACCAGUACCGUGUCUGCCAGGAGGUCUUGGAACGUUCCCGAGAUGUUGUUGAUGAAGUGAGCGUUUCUCUCAGGCUUUGGGAUACUUUUGGUGAUCAUCACAAGGACAGGCGAUUUGCAUAUGGCAGGGUGUUUUGACAGUUUUCCCCACAUAACAUCUGUACUUAAGAAGCCUCACUGCUAUUGGUCUGAUGUUGUGGUCCUCUGUUUUUCAAUUGCUAAUCCCAAUUCCCUAAAUCAUGUGAAAACCAUGUGGUAUCAAGAAAUCAAGCAUUUUUGCCCUCGCACACCUGUUGUCCUUGUUGGCUGCCAGCUUGAUCUCCGCUAUGCCGAUCUGGAGGCUGUUAAUCGAGCCAGGCGCCCAUUAGCCAGGCCCAUAAAGAGAGGGGAUAUUUUGCCUCCAGAAAAAGGUCGAGAGGUUGCAAAGGAACUUGGUAUACCAUACUAUGAAACCAGUGUAUUUGACCGGUUUGGAAUCAAGGAUGUGUUUGACAAUGCCAUUCGCGCAGCGCUGAUUUCCCGCCGGCACCUGCAGUUCUGGAAGUCCCACUUAAAAAAAGUCCAGAAACCUUUACUUCAGGCACCCUUCCUACCUCCCAAAGCCCCUCCACCAGUCAUCAAAAUCCCAGAGUGUCCUUCCAUGGGGACUAAUGAAGCUGCCUGUUUACUGGAUAAUCCACUGUGUGCUGACGUCCUGUUCAUCCUUCAGGACGAGGAGCACAUCUUUGCACAUCGAAUUUACCUUGCUACCUCAUCUUCCAAAUUUUACGACCUUUUUUUAAUGGAAUGUGAAGAAUCCCCAAGUUGGGGUGAAGGCGUUGGUGAGAAGGAGAUGCAGAGCAGACCUCUUCAGGGCMGGAUGCUGAGUCUUGAUGCAGAUGAGGAAGGGGAAGAAGGUGCCCUGAGGAGGCCUCAGGCCRAUCAGGGGAUGUCUCCAAGCAAGAACCUGUUGGAGACUCCGGGGCUGGAAGCUGAGGGCUCCGUUACGGAGACGCAGCCUUUGUCAGGCUGGAGCAAAGGGUUCCUUGGCAUGCACAGAGAAAUGCAGGUCAAUCCCAUUUCAAAGCGGGCGGGCCCCGUGACUGUGGUCAGGAUGGACUCGUCAGUCCAGCCAGGCCCUUUCCGGACCCUGCUCCAGUUUCUUUAUACAGGUCAACUGGAUGAGAAGGAAAAGGAUUUGGUGGGGCUGGCUCAGAUCGCAGAGGUCCUCGAGAUGUUUGACUUGAGGAUGAUGGUGGAAAACAUCAUGAACAAGGAAGCCUUUAUGAACCAGGAGAUUACGAAAGCCUUUCACGUCAGGAAAGCCAACCGGAUAAAAGAGUGUCUCAGCAAGGGGACCUUCUCAGAUGUGACCUUUACCUUGGAUGAUGGAGCCAUCAGUGCCCACAAGCCAUUGCUUAUCUGUAGCUGCGAGUGGAUGGCUGCCAUGUUUGGGGGUUCGUUUGUAGAAAGCGCCAACAGUGAGGUACAUCUCCCAAACAUAAACAAGAUGUCAAUGCAAGCUGUAUUGGAUUAUCUCUAUACCAAGCAGUUGUCGCCUAACUUGGACCUGGAUCCGCUGGAACUAAUUGCCUUGGCAAACAGAUUCUGCCUGCCACACUUGGUUGCACUUGCAGAGCAGCACGCCGUUCAGGAGCUGACCAAGGCCGCCAUGAGUGGCGUGGGCAUUGAUGGGGAAGUGCUCUCCUAUUUGGAACUGGCCCAGUUUCACAAUGCCAACCAGUUGGCCGCCUGGUGUUUGCAUCACAUCUGCACCAACUACAACAGUGUUUGUUCCAAGUUCCGCAAAGAAAUCAAAUCAAAAUCUGCAGACAAUCAGGAGUACUUUGAGCGGCACCGCUGGCCCCCUGUGUGGUACCUGAAGGAGGAAGACCACUACCAGCGUGUGAAAAGGGAACGAGAGAAGGAAGACAUUGCACUAAAUAAACAUCACUCAAGACGAAAGUGGUGCUUCUGGAAUUCAUCUCCAGCAGUUGCCUGAAGAGGAACAGAAAAAAAAAACAAUCAGUAAUCUGAUACACCACUUUUAAAAGCACUACUGUAAAGUUAGUCGUCUUAUUAGAGAUGCGAUGUAGUUCAGGUUUCAGGCACUGACCUUCCUCCACUUUUGUGCAUUUAUCUUUGUUAGGAUCAAAGCACAAGCUCACCAUCAAUGAGCCUGGACAAAAAGGGAAGCUGACUCCUCUCUCACUGCAUUCCUUAAACUGAUACGUAUAUAUCUAUUUUUUUUUUUUUUUGGAGGCUUAAUAAACUUUAGUCUGUUACUUUGUUUCUUUUUUAUACAAAGAAAAAAAAAUCCAGCUUUCAUGUUUCAGAUUCCAAAUUGGAAAAUAUUUUUAUAUGGUCUCUUGUAUUUUGUUGAAACGAGAAUACUGUGUAUUACUUUAUUUUACAGGCCACAAAUUUGACCAUGACGUCGCCCUGUGAUUCUCUUGGCCCAUAUGACUGCCAAGCAUUAUUACAUAAUUAAAGGGUUAUCCUUUUGCUGUGAAGUAAAGGGUUGGACUGAAGUCCCCCAAAGUGCAAGUUGAAAGUGCUUAAUUUUUGUUCUUCUGAAUAACAUCGGUAUAAUUACCAACUCGACUCCAAGAAUGUGUAUUUACAAUAUUUGCUGUGUAAGUGCUAGUAAUYAUAUGGUUAUAUGUGCCAUGUAAAAUAUAGUGAUAGCAAAUAUUCUGUUGUUUAAAAUGUCUAGAUUCAAGAGGAUAAUCUUUAUAAUCAUUAGAAGGGCUCAUUAAAUCCCAGCAUUAUCCAGGGCAGACUCACUGGUGGACCUAAACACAUAAGCUACCAUUAGAGCAUUGGUGUUUGGAUUGCUAUAUUAGGUUAUGUCUCCCARUAUUCCUUGAUCUUGCCGUGCUUCUGCAUCAGACUCUCCUCUGACUUGAAUUGAGAUGGGUGGGGGAAAAUUUCCCCAGACUCAUCCCACCAUCUACAGGUUUGUCACAUCUCACCACCGGAAAACCGUCUUCCUCAGGUCUCUCACCUGUGGCCAACCAACUUCAUUUUGUAAGGCAUAUAUUUUUAACUCUUCCCAGGGAAAAAUUCAUGUUGCUGCAGAAGUAGGCUAAGGCAAACCACCCACUCCUGCUGAAAUUCAGCAGGGCCUGUGAAAGCAUGGAGCUGGAGGCUAGGUCCCUGCCUUCUCCAACCAGAAAGGAAUCUAAUCCCAAGAGUCUAGGAAAUGGUGCUAUUGUGAGUUAGUUCUGACCCUUGGUCCUUCUGAGUUUUCAGUGUUAAAAUAGAAAAUGGUAGAGCGGGGAGGGGGGGGAGCUUUCAAGAGGCAUCUGGUCAUUGCUUCUCUGUGAAUUAAAAUGUUACACACACACACACACACACACACACACACCACCACAUCUCCGUGCCUGCUGGGCGAGACAUUAUAAAAUUGUGUGGGCAGGACCUGGGGCUCAUCCUUUUAGGAGGUCAACUUAUUGAUGUUAAGGGCUGUUGAUUUUAUUUUUUUUUUCUAGUUUUUCGUAAAAUGAAAUAAACAGCUGAGUCCAAAUCCCAAUGUGGACAACCGUAUGCAUUUGGGAACCUGUGUUACAGGUGGGUGUUUAUUCUUGACAGUGGAAACACAUUAGAUGCAAGAGCUUGCCCAAAAGUGCAGCACCCUCUCUGACAACAGGGGGCAGUGGAGUAGGGAUGGUGAUAAAUGCAUCCCCCUUGAUUUUUUUUUUAAUGGGGUUAUAAAUCAUUAAGGGAAGCAGAAAGAAGAUGGACUGAGAGGAUAAAUGUCAAGACUCAGGAAGAAUUGGCAUGUAUCCCAUUAUAAAAUGAUAGAGAUUGCGUUUUCAGUGAGUAGUCAUAGUUGAAUUUGUACAACCAAAGCUCCCAUUUGAUUGUAAUCUUGCCAAAAUGUAAUGGACAUAUAAAUGAACAUGGGGUAUAAGCAAUAAUAUCCACUAGUGUUGUUAUCAGCUGCUGUAACCAAGUGGCUGGUUCAUUUGGUUGAUGCUGAUUAUGGCCUUUAACCACGGUGGUUUGUUUCAUGUUUUUUAUUUCACAAAAAAAAAAAGCCAAUAAAAUUGUUUAGCUAUAAAA